CGCAAUGCCACCUUACGUGGCAUCAGCAGCAGUCACUGUUGCAGCGAAGUACAUUUUCUUCAUUUAUUGUAAACAUUUGUGGAAAUAUUAACUUUUGUUAUGGUUCAAAUACAUUUAACAUUACAACGAUAAAAAAUGAAUCCGCAGUAUUUACAACAACAACAGCAGCAGCAGCAGUCCCAACCACAAUCUGGGUAUUUUCCUGGUCCUCCAACAACAUCUUCAUAUCCAGAAGUAAAUUCUAAUGUUCCACCAAAUAUGUUAAAAGGAUCCACCAUGAAUUCCCAAACAUAUGCUUCUCAAAAACCUAUACAAGGAUCCCCUUUAAGUAAUAUACAUCAGUCUCAAGUUCCAUAUUAUAUGAAUAACAUACAAACAGAAGAAAAUACUCAGUACGAAUCAUCAACAAAUAAUCCACACAUGAUGAGUCCUUUGUCAAGUCAAAAUAAUAUAGUUAAUCAAAUGACAAAUAUGUCUCUAGGAGAUCAACAAAGACCACCAUCAUCGCAAAAUUAUCCCCCACUGCCUAUACCUGGAAAAAGUAGUCCAGUGGUAUCAACGCCUUCAAAUAUUAAUGGUUUUAAUAAUGCAUUAAAUACAUCAGUACCUAGCUCAGGUGGACAAACUGAUCCUGGUGGAAAAUCUGGACCACCCAUUUCUGGGCAGGAUAUGCAACAACAAAAGACAACUUCAAAAAAUACCAUGCCACAGCCCAUGAGUCUUCCAUUUUCAGGACAUUCUACAGCACCUACUUCUGGUCAAUAUUAUCCUGGACAAACUAUAUCAUCUGAACAGAUGUUCAACACUGGAUUGUCUGCUCCCAGUCAGCAUCAGCCUGCUCAAAUGAAUGCUACUGAUACAUCUGGACAUAUGAACUUUCCUAGACCACCAAUGGGACAAAAGUCUGCACCCCCACCAAUGCAAGGACAACAAAAUGUAUCUAAUUCAUCUUCAUCUGGCCAACAAAACUUUUCUCAGCCACCAAUGCCAGGACAGCCAGGCUUAUCUAAGCCUCCGUUGUUAAAUCAAGAAGGGCACAGCAAUACUCCUAUGCAAGGACCACCUGGACAACACAACUUACCAAACCCACCAUUAUUAAAACAGAACUUAUCAGGCCCACCCUUCCAAGGACCACCAGGUUCAUCUGGUCCUCCACUCUCAGCGCCACCUCUACCAGGACAACAAUAUUCUUUACAAGAACAGCAAAAAUACGUUCAUUCUUAUCCAGACUCAAAUAUUCCCGCAUCUAAUUUGCCUGGUCUACCACCUAUGAAUCAACAAAAUAUACAUCCACCUCCUGUAUCAGGUCAACAGAGUGCUGCUCCACCUUUGCUACCAAAUCAACAAAGUUUCAACAGGCCACCAUUAUUAGGACAACAAAAUUUAUCUGGUCCACAACCUCCAUUAGUUGGUCAACCAGGGAGACAAAUGAUAAAUUCUGGUGCAAAUUUACCACAAACAGGUCAGAAACCAUAUGUUCCUGGAUCUCCUAUGCAUGGUCAGACUAUGGGAAAUCCUGUAGGACUUAAUCGUAGUGCAGCUGGUACAAUGCCAGGCUACCAACAUACAGGAUAUCAAGGCUAUAAUGAUAUGUAUAGUGCUCAAAGAGGUUCAUAUCAGGAUACACCUGGUGUAGGAGGUGGAUACCAACCGGAUAUGCAAUCGCAACAAGCUAAACGAUUAGAUCCUGAACACAUGCCAAGUCCUAUUCAAGUAAUGCAAGAUGAUCAACGUGUCAGAGGUGGUGUAUUCGUAACAAAUGAAAAGGGGCUGGUUCCACCAUUAGUAACUACAAAAUUUGUGACGCAAGAUCAAGGAAAUGCGUCUCCUAGAUUUAUAAGAUCUACUAUGUAUACUGUUCCUACCACAGCAGAUAUUAUAAAACAAACAAAUAUUCCGUUUGGUCUAAUAAUAAGUCCAAUGGCUCGUGUCGCGGAAGGCGAAUAUGAACCACCUAUCGUGGAUAUGGGUGAGAUUGGACCAGUUCGUUGUAUACGUUGUAAAGCAUACAUGAGUCCAUUUAUGCAAUUCAUCGAUGCAGGCAGAAGAUUUCAGUGCAUGUUCUGCAAAGCAACAACAGAAGUUCCAGCAGAAUACUUUCAACAUUUGGAUCACACUGGUCAACGCAUGGAUCGCUAUGAGAGGCCAGAACUAAUGUUAGGAACAUACGAAUAUGUUGCUACUGAAUAUUACUGCAAGAACAAUACUUUUCCAAAACCACCAGCUAUCGUGUUCGUGAUCGACGUAUCAUACAACACCGUUAAAUCUGGUUUAAUCAAUCUAUUAUGCGGUCAGAUGAAAUCAAUUUUACGGCAUCUACCUACUGAUGCUGGUCAAACGAAAACAAAUAUGAAAGUAGGAUUUAUAACAUAUAAUAAUACAGUACACUUUUACAAUAUCAAUCCUUGCCUUGCACAACCACAAAUGAUGGUUGUCGGAGAUGUACAAGAUGUAUUUAUGCCGCUUCUUGAUGGAUUUUUGUGUGACGUUGAGGAAAGCGAAUCGGUUAUUGAUAGUCUGAUGGCACAGAUACCAGAGAUGUUCGCAAAUACUCGCGAAACGGAAACUAUUCUUGCACCUGCGAUACAAGCUGGACUAGAAGCAUUAAAUGCAUCAGACUGUGCGGGAAAAUUAAUGGUUUUCCAUUCAUCUUUACCGAUUGCCGAAGCUCCUGGAAAAUUGAAAAAUCGUGAUGAUCGAAAAGUUCUUGGUACAGAGAAGGAAAAAACUGUAUUAGCUCCACAAAAUAACGUUUAUAAUAACUUGGGUCAAGAAUGUGUAGAAGCAGGAUGUUCUGUAGAUUUAUUCGUCUUUAAUAAUUCAUACGUAGACAUUGCAACAAUAGGUCAGAUUUGCAGAUUAACUGGUGGAGAAGUUUAUAAAUAUACCUAUUUUCAGGCUGACAUAGACGGCGAACGUUUAAUUUCCGAUGUUAUUAAUAAUAUUAGUAGACCAAUUGCAUUCGAUGCCAUUAUGCGUGUGCGCACAUCUACUGGUGUUCGUGCAACUGAUUUCUAUGGACAUUUUUUUAUGUCUAAUACAACAGAUAUGAAAUUAGCUAGUAUAGACUGCAAUAAGGCUAUUGCUGUAGAAAUAAAACACGAUGACAAAUUGACAGACGAUGAAGGUGUAUAUAUUCAAGCAGCUUUGUUGUAUACUUCAUGCGCUGGAAUCAGAAGAUUACGUAUUAUUAAUUUUAGUUUACAAACCUCUUCUCAAAUGGCUGAAUUGUACCGAGCAUGCGACUUAGAUGCAAUCAUUAACUACUUAUCCAAACAAAGUGUUUUCAAAUUAAUUGAUUCAACUCCAAAAACUGUUAAGAACAGCUUAAUUACAAGAUGUGUAAAUACAUUAGCUGCAUUUCGAAAACAUUGCGCUUCUCCAUCCAGUGUUGGUCAAUUAAUAUUACCAGAAUGUAUAAAAUUGUUACCACUUUAUAUCAACUCGUUAGUAAAAAGCGAUGCAAUUUCUGGAGGUGCUGAUAUGACUAUCGAUGACAGGUCUUUUGUUAUGCAAGCAGUUGCAACUAUGCCCAUUUCAAUAUCCGUUGUAUAUAUCUAUCCAAGACUACUUCCUUUACACAAUGUUGAUCCACAAGAUACUGAAUUACCCCAAAUGUUGCGCUGCUCCAUUAACAAAUUCACUGACGAUGGCGCGUACUUACUAGAAAACAGCAUCCACAUGUUCCUGUGGCUAGGCCUGGCACUCUCACCACAAUGGGUACAGGCAGUAUUCGGAGUUCCAUCAGUAGUUCAAGUUGAUACGGAUCGUACCGCGUUACCUGUGUUAGAUACUCCGUUAAAUAAACGAAUCACAGAUAUUAUUAAUCGUGUACGUGUGGAAAGACAUCGAUGUAUGAGGUUAACUAUAGUGCGACAGCGUGAGAAACUUGAAAUGGUACUGCGUCAUUUCUUAAUCGAAGACAGAGGAAACGAUGGAAGUCCAAGUUACGUUGAUUUUCUUUGUCACAUGCACAAAGAAAUAAGAACACUUCUUAGCCAAUAAUUGAAUGAAACAGUUACCUUACGUUGGAAUCUUAGCAUGCUACAUGUUCGUGGCUAUUGAAAUGUAUAUCAAGGAUCAAUUAGAUUAUUAAAUGAAACUCAUUCGUACUCAUCAGUGGGGAUCACAGAUGGUGCAUACGUUUGCAUGCGUUCU